AUGUCAUGGAGCAGGGUGGGUCGCGUGGUGCUGGGCUUUGCGCUUGGUGGCGCGCUGGCCACGGCCUGGGGCAGCACCAGCUCCUCUGUUGACGCGUACAAGCGCACACUCCGUCCGCUGCUGUUUCGACUCGAGCCAGAACACGCUCACGAUCUGGCGCUUUGGGCGCUAUCACACGGUCUAGUGGCCUGGUGGUGCCGAGCGAGCUCCCAACUCGAACGAAGUGCACACGCUGCCACCUGUGCGGAGCAAGAGGUUCGGCGCGCGCUUCAGAGUACUUGUUGGGGGAAAACGUUCGCAUCGCCAUUUGGUCUCGCUGCCGGUUUCGAUAAGGAUGGUGUUGCAGUCGACGCGCUGUUUGAUUUGGGGUUUGGCUUCGUAGAGGUGGGCAGCGUCACGCCGCGACCCCAGAGCGGAAACCCCAGACCACGCCUGUUUCGGCUCGAGCCUGACGAAGCGAUCAUCAAUCGAAUGGGAUUCAACUCAGCAGGAUGCGAGGCUGUGCGAGCGCACCUCAAGCGGCUCAGGGAUCGCUCGCACGAGGCUGGACAAGUUGCCACGGCCCGGAAUUCUGUUGCGAAUACAACGCCAACGCAAACAAUGCCGGGUAAGAAGCAUCUGGGCAUCAAUAUUGGGAAGAAUCGCGAAACGAGCGAGGAUGACGCCCUCUCCGACUAUAUUCAGGUGCUCCGAACUCUUGGAGCUUUUGCGGACUACCUGGUAGUGAACGUCAGCUCACCGAACACGCCUGGUUUACGACUGCUGCAGCGAAAAGAGCGGCUGCGAGACCUCAUCCGGCAGCUGAAGCGCGAACGAGACGAUCGUGGCCCGCAGUGGCAGCGGCUGCCGCUCUUGGUCAAGGUUGCUCCAGAUCUCAGCGAUGAGGAAAUCCGAGAUAUUGCGGAGAUCGUGGUGAGCGAAGGUGUAGAUGGUAUUGUGGUCACCAAUACAACGGUGCAACGACCAGUAACACUCCAGUCUCCCGUGAAUCUCGUGCAGCAGGAGGGCGGCCUGAGCGGCACUCCACUGCGGGACCUAAGCACAUACGUCCUUGGUCGUUUCUAUCGAUACACGCUCGGCAAGGUGCCUCUGAUCGGUGUGGGCGGCAUCUUCUCCGGCGCUGACGCGUACGCCAAAAUCCGGGCUGGAGCAUCACUCGUUCAGCUCUAUACGGCGUUGAUGUACGAGGGACCCUGCCUUGUUCCACGUCUUGAGCGGGAACUCGUGCAGUGUCUCCAGCGCGACGGUUACCGGAAUAUCGUCGAGGCGAUCGGUGCAGAUCAUCGAUAG